AUGAUUGUGUCUGCCACCAAGGGCCCUUAUGGACAUCUCAAAGAGUUGCCGGCUUCUAUGAGCGUCGAAUGGGACCCUAAGGUCUGUCAGAAUCAACGCACGCCAUUGAGGAUCCCAGAUAGACACAUCGCCGUCUUCCUCAGAGAGAAGAACAUCAAGGCUAUGACGAUGUGGGAACGAGUUCAGAUUGAUACUACAGGAGCGCUCAGAGACAGAUUCCCUGCCAAGGGACACUACAAGGAUCGAGGCGCAUACGAUGAUUACUUUCUUGUGAAAGGAGAUGCUUCCAUUGAAGUCGAGCAAGCUCCCAAUGACAAGGACACUCCAAUCGGCAUCGAACUGAGCACCCCUGUGCUUCCUUUCAUUCCGUCUUCCUUGGGCUUGAUCAAUGAAGUACUAUCAGCUCUGUUCGAGGCGUUCGAUGUCAGUGUCAACGCCUCUUGCGGGCUUCAUGUGCACGUCGGAAACGGUGACAAGGGAUAUGACCUCGCAUGGCUUCAAUCCAUUGCAUCUCUCCUCUGGUCGGGCUCCGCUCUCCUUGACUGUUUACACCCCGUCCACCGCGGUCCUGCUCACCUUUACUCGCUUGGCUUACACCACUUUGCAACUCUGGCACACACCAGAGAAAUCAUGCGCUACAAGGGACCAUUUGCUCCAACGCUCCAGUCUGUUGCUAGACCGUUCUUUCGCGAAACACCGGGCUCUCGCUGGUCAAACGAUCCGGCCUAUUACAUGCGGAGAGAGGCUUUCUAUGAUAGCUGGAUUCAAGAUCCGCUCAUGAUCUGGUGCGGAUUACAGCAGCUCAAGGAGACGAAGACCAUCGAUGAACUGCUCGGGUACAUGUUUCAUGUGAAUCCCGGCUUCGAAGGCAAGAGGCUCGCCUACAACUUCAGGAACCUCCGCUUCCAGAACGAUGACGAGUCACUGGUCCCACGUACGAUCGAGUUCCGUCAGCAUGAAGGAACAGUCGACAUUGAGGCAAUCUGCAUGUGGACAAGAGUGGUUUGCAGCCUGGUCGAAGCCUGCCGAGACAAUCCGUACCGGGCAGAGAACGCUGCGCUCAAGGCCGUAAACGCCACCUUGGGACUCGGCCGCUAUGAUGCUAUCGAUAUACUCCGAGACAUAGGCCUUCGUACCGAGGCCGAUUACUACCAGCCUCAACUUCGUCUCCGCGAUGUAGGGGUCGUUGAACUUGUCGAGCCCGGGCAGGAGCAGGACCCUGUUCAGGAGAACCACAACAAGCCCGGCCGUGCUUCAAAGACAGCAAAGAACGCUUGGGCAGCGCUGAAGUCCAUCCGCGGCUGCUAUCGAGCUAGAGACGAUUCAGACUCAUAA